GUGAUCAAAGCAGAUAGUGUCUGCAUACAAAAAACAUGGCCCUGUAAAUUGUCGAGGUGUGAAGAUUUGCCGCCUUCAGUGUACUGAAAUACAAGGACGUAAGGUUGACGUAAGGUCAGUAUUUGUUUAUCUGAGAAGAAUUGAUUCAGCCAGGGUCUAUCGAUUUUCAGAAUUGAUAUUUGUUGUAACUCUUCUAGAAAUUGACAAGCUUAUGUUGAUAAGGCGUAAAUGUAAAAGAUUCCACUUAUACUUCACCAAUAUAGCACUACAGCUCACGUAAAUCGAGCGAGCGGCCGAUACAACUCUUUCAUUUUAAUACGCAUGAGAGAAAGCUACUGCAUUAAACAAAUGCAUCUUAUUACAUCUCUUUUAUUUUGUAUGUAUAUUUGGACGAAAUCGACCAUUAAUGAAAAAGUUUGUUCCUAGCAUUAUUUCUCUGUUUUUCUUUCCGUUUUUUAUACAUAAGUAACGACACUAGUGACCGAUAUGAAAACGCGUGUUUGAGAAAUGAAUUAGAUAUCAGAAAAAAAGUUCGCUUCUUAUUUUAAGGAUGUUAAAGAAAGGCAAUGCAAAGGAUACAAUUUACCUUGUGCAGAGAAUUUGAAAGCACAGUUUCCUAUAUCUUUUUCUAUUUCUCUCAGUUCCCACACCUCUUUUUCUCUGACCAUACUUACAUCUCAUCCCUUUCAUGAGUCGCAAAUGUAAUGGUAAAUCUUACUUAAACUGUGUUAGGGGAUAUUUUUAAAAUUAACUGAAAAGGAAAAUCAAAUUUUUAACCUGCUGUUGUAGUGGCAAGCAUUCAUAAUCGUCCCGAAGUCCCGUGUUAGGGAUUCCGGAAUGCGGAAACCCUUUACUUGUGGAAUCCGGAAUAUCUGGGAAAAUCUUGCUUGUGGAAUCCGGAAUCCUGGGCUUUGGGAAACGAAAUACAGCUCAAGGAAUCCGGAAUCUCGCAAACAAUUAGAAUCCCGAAUUCAAUAAGUUCCACUGUUAAAGACUGGAAUCAUGUAAAUCCGUGGAGCGGAAUCUAGAAUCCAAGAAUGUCUUUUAUUCCCUUACAUGACACGAAGAAUAAGAUGACGUGUUCUAAGAGAAGGCUAGAUAUCAGACGCCUGUCAUUUACUAAAUGGUAAUAUGGUAAUACUAAUACGAUAGUAUUACCACAUGCAGAUGGUAAUCUGCAUGUAAAAGAUUAAUGUGCAGCUGUCGACGAUCUGUCUCACAAAUAUGGGUGAAAUUUUGCUUUUUUAUGUAAACUUGUCUUUUCCUAUGCCGUUUGUAAACAUACAUUUUCAAAAGAAAUCAAACGUGACCCUUACACUCCAGAUUAUGACAAAAUUAUUUAUACUAAAUUGACAAUUGAUCUGGCAAUAAGAUUAAGAAAUUUCUUUACAGUAAAUAUAUACGGUAGCCGCUAAUAAGUAUAAUUCACAAUGCUUAUCACCUCUGUCUGUGUUUUAUUCUUGAUUGAACUACGAUGGCCCUAGAAAAAACGAUCUGUGUCAUCCAUUUUCAGAAUUCUAUUGAGGUAUUAAAAUGCCACGAGACAGCACUGGUUUGGCAUUUUCUGGUGGUGGCAUCAGGUCAGCGGCCUUUUGCUCCGGAGUCCUGCGCAGUCUACUUAAGAGCAGAGUUGAAGUGGAUUAUUUGAGUUGCGUGUCAGGGGGUGGCUACACAGGCACUGCUUACCUGGACUGGAAAUAUCGCGAAAAAAAGAAAGAUAAAACGAGAGAAGGCGAGGGCGAAACAGACUGGCACGAGGAGUUUUUUAACCAUAUGAAAGACAGAUCAGGAUACAUUUGUGACUGGACUGGCUUUUGGAAAGGCGUCUUUGACACAUUUUUCUUCGUGAGCCUCAUUACUAUAGUACUACUCGUCCAUCCAGUAAUUCAGUGGGGAACGUAUGCAUUUCCAGUAGCGGUUAUGAUUGAUCUCUUC